UUCAUCUCCUCAUCCGCCAACACUUUAUCAUCGACAACCAUCGACUUUUAUCUAUUUUCAUCUCAAAGUCGACUAAUCCCAUCAAACCUUAUCUCUAAAGAUGGCCAGAACUAAGCAGACUGCCCGUAAGUCCACUGGUGGCAAGGCCCCUCGUAAGCAGCUCGCCUCCAAGGCCGCCCGUAAGGCUGCUCCCUCCACCGGAGGUGUCAAGAAGCCUCACCGUUACAAGCCUGGUACCGUCGCUCUCCGUGAGAUCCGUCGCUACCAGAAGUCCACUGAGCUUCUGAUCCGCAAGCUCCCCUUCCAGCGUCUGGUCCGUGAAAUUGCCCAGGACUUCAAGUCCGACCUUCGCUUCCAGUCCUCUGCCAUCGGUGCUCUUCAGGAGUCCGUUGAGGCCUACCUCGUCUCUCUCUUCGAGGACACCAACCUCUGCGCUAUCCACGCCAAGCGUGUCACCAUCCAGUCCAAGGACAUCCAGCUCGCCCGCCGUCUCCGUGGUGAGCGCUCUUAGAUUAUUCUCUAAUGAGUCCGGUUUUUCUGGUUGUCUCUGGGUAGGCGAUUAGGGGUUUUAUUUCUUUUUCACGACUGGCGAUACAUGAUGGGUUCUGUUUUUUCAUUUGCGAAUAUCAAUGGGUUUCGGCACUGGGAUUAGUUUUCGUUUUGCUGCACAAUAAAUAGUAGGCUGUCGACGACGCGGCUGAAUGGAUUGGAUCUCAUGGGAUGCAUCCGAGUAUGUACAUUAAGAAAUUUUACUUGACCAAGUGGUAUUCUCCGUGAAUUGCCACCGGAUGGCAUAGAUUCGAAAUGCAGAUUCUAUGACGAAUAAUCCAAUUCAUUCCUGUCGUGAC